AGAACAAGGGUUAAAACGAGAAAGUUAGGAGGAGAAUUAAUUUGUCGUGGAUUUCCAAGACUGCACUGCAUUACCAAACAAAAGUAAACGAUACAAGCAAACUACUACUCUACGCCCUCAAAAACAACAACUACAACCACAACGAGAGCCAAGGAAACACCAACCAAAAGUUGUACAGAGAGAGAGAGAGAGUGAGUGAGCCUCAGAGCUCUGUGUUUCCUUUUAAUAUUACCCUUUUGAAUCUUUUGUCGAAACUCAGUGAUGAACAACUGAGAAAAAAAAAAAAACUAGAAGAAGAAGAAAAAGUAGAAGAGAUGGGUAUUUUACACGAGGAUGUGGUGAUGAUCAGGAGAUCAGAGAAAGAAGGAGAACCAACUGAGAUUACCAUAAACUGCCCUGAUAAAACUGGUCUGGGCUGUGAUUUGUGUCGUAUCAUUCUUUUCUUUGGUCUUAGCAUUGUCAAAGGAGAUGUGUCCACGGAUGGGAAAUGGUGCUACAUCGUGUUCUGGGUGAUCGGGGAUUCAGAGACAAGAUGGAGCUUGUUGAAGAGGAGAUUAGUGGAGGCUUGUCCUUCUUGUUCUUCAGCUUCUGGGAUUUCCUUUUACUGCUCAGGAUUACUGCCAACUAAGCCUCCUGAAGUGUUUCUUCUCACGUUAUGUUGUCAUGAUCGAAAAGGGCUUUUACAUGAUGUGACAAGGGUUCUUAGUGACCUUGAGCUGACUAUAGAGAAAGUGAAGGUAUCGACAACCCCAGAUGGAAGAGUGGUUGAUAUGUUUUUCAUCACAGACACCAGGGAGCAUCUACAGACCAGUGAAAGGAAGAAUGAGACUCGCAAAUACUUAGAAACUGUUCUGGGGGAUGCAAUGAUAGACUGUGAAAUAGAAAAGGCCGGUUCUGAAAUUACUGCGAGUUCACAAGCACCUUCGUUUCUCCCCUCUGAAGUCACAGAAGAUUCAUUUUUACUCGAAAUGCCCACUCAACUACCAAGCGGAUCACUUAUGUCCAAUAGUGUUUCUAUUGCAUUUGAUAACUCCUUGAGCCCAGCUCACACACUAGUUCAAAUUAUAUGCCAAUAUCACAAGGGUCUCGUCUAUGACAUAAUGAGGACUCUUAAGGAUUAUAACAUUCAGAUUUCCUAUGGACGAUUUACUAUAAAGCAAAAGAGGCAUUGCGAGAUUGACCUGUUUAUUGUGCAAGCUGAUGGAAAGAAGAUAGUUGACACAAGUAAGCAGAAAUCAUUGACAUCUCGAUUGGAACUAGAACUUCGUCGCCCUCUCAAAGUAGCUAUUGUUAGCCGGGGUCCUGAUUCCGAGCUGCUGGUUACAAACCCUGUGGAGUUAUCUGGCAAGGGCCGGCCUCUUGUUUUUUUCGACAUUACUCGUGCUCUUAAAAUGCUUAACACAGGCAUCUUUUCAGCAGAAAUUCGGAGACAUAUAAUUGGAGGUCGGGAAUGGGAGGUUUACAGAGUCUUGCUUGAUGAAGGAGACAUCUCCAUUGUUCCAAGAAGUAAGAUCCAGGAAGGUGUAUGGAAGAUGUUGAUGGGCUGGGAAUGAUACCAAUUGCAGAUAUGAACUCUUGUACAGCAUAGUUAUCCCUGCUACCUUAGUGCUUAAAUUUUAGAUGUAAAUUAUUAAUACAUACACAUAUAAAUGUUAUGUGUCAUUAAAUGGUAGUAUAAACUGAGAAAAAACAAGAAGAAGAAGAUAGAAAAGGUAGAGUGAGUUCUCAUGUAAUUGGAUGCUAAAUAUAUAUUGUAAAGCGGUUAAUAUUUUCACUAUUUAA